AUGGCCACCGAGCACGACGUCGAAGACGCUGCUGAACAAGCGGAACUUGGGUCAAGUGAUGGGCGCCAGGCUAAGGAGAUAUCCACAGAGGCACUCAAAAGUAUAGAGAGGAGACUAAAAACGUUUAUUGGCGAGGAUUUUGUGAUGCCCACGCAACCAGCAAGUGCUGUCGACGAGGAGGGCCUACCUAUUAUGGAAUUUACGGAGCCUGUCACCGACUACCGUCCAUCAGAUUUCAUUCCUCCGCCACCAGAGCUAGUCCCAAUGCCGAAAACUGAGGAGGGAAAGGCCGCUUUCAGAAAGGCAAGAGAUGCCUUCUUAGAUGCGCUUGAAGAGGAGGAGAGGCAGGACGAAGAACGCUCCAGGAAGGCAGGAGAAAGUGAAUUCAUGAAAGCCAUUCGCAUUGCGAAGGAACGGGUCGAGGAAGUUCGGACAGAGAGCAAUACGAGGAAUAAUUCCAAACCCACUGAUUCGGUGUCUGAAGCCACUUCACUGGCUUCCGAACAGGCGAAGGCUGGUCCAAAGACGAAGAAGACUGUCUCCUUUGUAGAGACUGAUGAAACUUCCAACACAAAGGGACCGAUUGCGCCUGGAUGGGGUAGUAUACAGCAGGGUCGACUUCGUACGGCUGCAGGAGUCAAAAGUGGCAGUGGCGUCAUGAAACUGCAGAUUAUCGAGCGAGUGCCAGCUCAGACGAGUGAAAGCACCACAAUAAAGACCACCGAUUCGGAUGACGAAGAUUCUGGCGACGAUAGAAGGACGACUGAAGGCUUAGAACGAUCAGCAGAGGCAGCUAUGGACGACCUCGUAGACCCGGAGGCGAAGCUCCUGCCAAGCAGCUCUGAAGGCGAAGUUAGUCAAGAAGAAUCGGACGAAAAAGACGAGGCUGAUAUAGACGAUGCUAUUCAUCAUCGAGAGGUUGCACUGCGAUAUCAUGAACUCCGACACUCACUCGGAAAGGGUCCGCAAAGUGGCGCAUUGGGUGGUCCGAUUGAAUCUAUGCAAAGUGACGAUGAAUGGGACCAAGAAAACGUUCCCCUAGAGGCGCAUCUGCGUGAAGAGCCUCGCGAGAGACAUUCGUCCAAAUUUAUUCAAUCUCGAAUAUCUCGAAAGGCUAUGGACGCAGUACUGCCCGGGGGUCUCCAAGGUCAAGUCAAAUAUGGAACAGUGGUCGACAAUCAACUCCUGCAAGGAAAUGAUGAAAGUGAUGAAGAGUUGAACGAAAGGGGUAAACGGAUCAUCGAAGGUCUCACAAAGGGACUAACGGUAGAAGAAACCCUGGCAAACGAGAAACUAGGCGAGGCGCCCAGCUCGACGCCCGUAGUUGAUCAUGGGGAACCUGAACGGAUGCCACCAAAGAUCAAAGCGGGAAAUACGAUCCUGGGUGACGUCGUAGAGAGUUCCGGUAGAAGAACUCAGUCACCAACGGUAGGCAAGCCUAUCAAAGUAUCCAAGUUUAAGGCGAAUAGAUUGACAUAG